AUGAUGCAGUCCUCCACACAGAACCUCACCCUCGGCGCGGCGUACCCAAACCCGCUCACCUAUGGUGACAUCGACCAUUAUCUCAGUGCUGUCGAGUAUGACACCGAGGUCUCCCCAGAGGAGUUGCAUCAGCAGAUCACAAAAGCCGCGCUGAGAUUCGUCCGGUCUAGGAACAUCCCCGUGGACUCCAAGAUCUACACGAAGGCAAUCACAUUCAUGAAUUCCAACUUCUGUCACAUCAAGGGGGUCGAGAACUAUCUUGCAAAGUUGCUUGUUACGAAAAAGACUCUCAACAGUCUCUACACCGCAGCUCUCCCAGAACCCGACGCUCUCGGGCAGUGGGUUCCAUGCCUCCCUGAUCCGGAGCUUCUGUACAAACAGGCGACCGAGCCCCUGUCUCCGCAUGUCUGGCCUCACCCAGAUACACUCCGCGAUAUCGUCUUGCAUGAUGCAGUAGCAGGGCAGCAGAAUAGUGUUAUACGGCACAUUUCCUGGGCUGCCCUCAAUGAUCUGUCGGAAGAUGAUCCAGAAAUCACCCUCGUCCUCAACCCUGAAAGCGGUGGCAUCCCCGUAGUGUUCCUUCCACAACACACGCAACAUCGCGUGUGA